AGAGCGAUAUCCAUCGUCUCAUUUGUUAAUAAUUCGUUUCGCUGUUUUCGUGGUCGUCAAGUAUGCUGCGUCGCGUAUCGAGUGAAAAAUGUUCAAUUUCCAAUUAAUUUAUAAACAUAACAAGUAAAAAGUUAGAAAUACAGAAAAAUCAUUUUACUAGUGUGUUAGUGAAAAAGUGUUGUACAAAUGUAAAGAAAGUGUAAAAUGUAUUGGAGAUAAAAUACAAAAAAUUAAAAUGACUGUGUGGCAGCAGUAGCAGCAGCAGUGGUGCCUGCGACAUCGCCCUGUUUUUUCAACCAUCUUCUCCGCUAUUGUCUGCCUAUUCAGACAGCGGGUGCUGCCUCGAAGUCUUGCAAUUCCGUAGUUCUGCCAUUCCUCUGAGGAUUUAGUGCGUCCAAAUAAUCCUAAAUGUGUGAAAGAUUCUCACUCGGGAGCAAUUACGCAAGCUCUUCCAAAUGAUAGGAGCGUCGGAUAUGUGAAAAGAUAUUAGCAGAAGUGUAGUGUAAUUUGCAAAAAAAACACCAUAUUCACAAAGUUAUUUGCACAGUAGAUCUAGUCGUACCAAACCAAUACUAAAGGCUGAUUAAGAGUUAUUUUGUGUUGUGCAAAUAUUUGACGCUGUGACGAUAUGGUGAUCUGCGACGAGUGACGAGCAGGUGGUGGCUACACAAGUAGCAGCCGCUACACAUAAGUUGUUCGUUUCCUAAUUAAACAAUCGUAUUCAAAAAGUGUUGAAAUGGCGCUUACUUGCUAUUUUAGUUUAUUAGAGAAUAUUGUUUUUGCUAUAGAAUAUUUCAGACAGUGACUAUAAUUUAUUUUUGAUAUUCAUUUCCUCACAGUGCUGAACUAUCACUUGGGUAACCGCAAGUUUCAAGUGACAAUAUUUGUAAAAAUUUAGUGAAAUAUCUUUAAUUUACCUAAAAAAUCAUAAAGUACAAUAAAAUAAAUUAAAGAUAUUUAAUAAUACGUCUAGGUCAAUUUAAUGAUAUUACAAAAAAAAAAAAAAAUAAUAUAAAUAAAUUAUAUUGAGUGGUCAGACUGCUCCUCGGCUUUCGAGCUUUUAAGACAGAUACGUGAUUAUACUCAAAAGCAACAAUAUGGCACACGCCCACCAUAAUGCUGCUAAUCUGCUUAGUUCAGAUAUAUCACGACGCAAUCCACAGGAUGAAUACGAGCUCAUACAAAAGAUCGGUUCUGGCACAUACGGUGAUGUUUAUAAGGCGAAGCGCAUACAGAGCAAUGAAUUGGCCGCAAUCAAAGUCAUCAAACUCGAGCCCACCGACGACAUACAAAUCAUCCAGCAGGAGAUUAUUAUGAUGCGCGAUUGUCGGCACAAAAACAUCAUCACAUACUAUGGUUCGUACCUGCGGCGCGACAAGUUGUGGAUCUGCAUGGAGUACUGCGGUGGCGGUAGCCUGCAGGACAUCUACCAGGUGACGGGACCGCUAACCGAACAACAAAUCGCCUACAUGUGCCGUGAAACAUUGAAAGGACUCGAGUACCUGCAUACGAUGGGCAAGAUGCAUCGUGACAUCAAGGGCGCCAAUAUCCUGCUAACCGAACAGGGGGACGUCAAGUUGGCCGAUUUCGGAGUGUCCGCGCAGAUUACCGCCACGAUCAAUAAGCGGAAGAGCUUUAUCGGUACACCGUAUUGGAUGGCGCCGGAGGUGGCCGCCGUGGAGCGUAAAGGCGGCUACAAUCAAUUAUGUGAUAUAUGGGCGGUUGGCAUAACGGCAAUUGAACUUGCCGAACUCCAGCCGCCAAUGUUCGAUUUGCAUCCGAUGCGUGCGUUGUUCCUAAUGUCGAAAAGUGGUUUCAAACCGCCCACAUUGAGCAACAAGGAGAAGUGGAGCACCACAUUUCACAAUUUCGUGAAGACGGCGCUGACGAAGAAUCCAAAAAAGCGUCCGACCGCCGAAUGCCUGCUGAAGCAUCCGUUCGUGCAGGGCGACAUGUCGGUUCGUGUGGCCAAGGAGUUGCUGCAAAAGUUCUUGAGUCCCAAUCAGCAGUUCUACUACUAUUUGGACGGGGAAGAGGAGACUGUCGCCAGCGUACCACAACGAAUAGCAAGCAAAAUGACAUCAAGGCCAAAUGGUAUUUCACCGCAAAAUCACACUUUGAAAACAGGCAUGACAACGAAUUCGCAGUGGAAUGAUCGCUCAUCUAGUCCCGAAACUUUGCCCAGCGACAUGAGCCUCUUACAGUAUAUUGAUGAGGAGCUAAAGCUAAGAGCCACCCUACCGUUAACCGAUACCAAAGAUCUGCUUAGCACCGAAUGCCACUGCGCGCACAAUGGCGGUAACGGUAACGGCAACGGCAACGGUAAUGGCAACGGCAAUGGCAAUGGCAAUGAAAACGGUGGCGUCAGCGGCGCCAACGAUGCCGCAGCGCCAACCGCGCCCGACGACAUCAGCAGCUCCAACGCAACCUCCGCGGCGCCAUCGACAGCUGCCACUGUGAAUGGUGGCGAUGCUGUCGGCUCGGUUACUAGCGCGAGCGGCUUGGGCCAUUCGAUGUCUGCCUAUUUGGGACUGAGUUUCGGCUUCUCUAACAUGCGCGCAACGUCGGUUGAUGCUGUGGUCAAUAACACCAAUCAUGACAGCGAUGCGCGGCACCACCACCAACAGCAGCCACAUUAUCACCAUCAUCAUCAUCAUCAUUACAUGCACUACACCAACAACAGUAACAGUAAUAGCAACAGCAACGGCGGCGCCAGCAGCAGCGGCAGCAAUAUAAAUUCGCGCUCAACCAGCGCCACCGGCCUGUCGAUAUCCACGUCCAGCAACUCCUAUGGAACCGCAGUUGGGGCGCCAGCAAAGCUAAAUGGCCAAUCGCAGUACACGUCAUUGUCCUCGUCCUUGUACAAUCCACUGGACAAUUUGAGUUGCGAAAGCGGCGGCGGCGGCAUCGGCGGUGGUAUUGGAGGUGGUGGCUUUGGCUUUGGCUUAGGCGGCAGUGUUAGUGGUACUAAUGGUGGCGGGGGAAGUGGUGGUGUUGGUAUGUUAGGAAUUGAUAGGAGUAGCGGAGGUGGUAGUGUUGGUAGUGCUGGUGGUUUUGGUGGUGUUAGUGGUGGUGUCGGCGGUGGUGGCGCGUCCCCAUCACCAUCGUCAUCUUCGUCCGCGUUUGCUCGUGAUGUGCUUAUGCAUUCCUCUGCUUCCACGUCACAUUUAUUCACUAAUUUGCUGCGUAAUAAUGGCACCAAUUAUUUUAAUAGCAACACUUCGGUGACCGAUUCGGCAACAACAACUAGUGCAUCCGUAGCAACGUCGUCCAUAUCGGCCAUCCCUGCCGGCGCGGCGGCUCCGUUGUCGGGAGAGUGUACGCCCACAUCUGGGCAAGCGAUUGGCGGCAGCAGCAACGACAGCAAUUGUGAUUAUAGGCAUGAGAGUAAUCAGAACGGUCUGGAGGACUCACCACGCCGCCACAGCUCAAUGGAUCAGCUGAUUGGGCUGCUCAAUGACAUGGGCAAAUCGUCGAGAACACGCAGUCUCAGCGAUGGCGGCACACAAGACGACGAAGUGGAGAAAGAAGCGCAACCGGAUCUGCUCAAUAAUACGCCUCCCGUGCCUCCGAAACGCUCACAUCGUCGCCGCCAUACCCCGCCACGCCCCAUUUCCAAUGGUCUACCGCCCACGCCAAAGGUACAUAUGGGCGCAUGUUUUUCGAAAAUCUUCAACGGCUGUCCACUCCGCAUACACUGCACAGCCUCGUGGAUCCAUCCCGAAACGCGCGACCAGCAUCUACUCAUCGGCGCCGACGAGGGCAUCUUCAACCUAAACAUGAACGAGCUGCACGAUGCCGUCAUCGAUCAGCUGUUUCCGCGUCGCACCACCUGGCUGUAUGUGAUUAAGGACGUACUCAUGAGUCUAUCAGGAAAAUCUUGUCAAUUGUAUCGACACGAUCUGAUCGCGUUACAUUCCAAGCAGACGCACCGUUUCUCGCUGCACAUGAACAAAAUACCCGAAAGACUGGUCCCGCGCAAAUUCGCGCUCACCACAAAGGUGCCCGACACCAAGGGCUGCACCCAAUGCUGUGUAACAAGGAAUCCUUAUAACGGCUACAAGUACUUGUGCGGUGCCACGCCCAGUGGCAUAUUCCUCAUGCAAUGGUACGAUCCGCUGAACAAAUUCAUGCUGCUUAAGCAAUGCGAGUGGCCGGCAUCGAGCAUACUGGGUGGGGGACAUGGCUGUGUGCUAAACGGCCACACACCCGUCUUCGAGAUGAUCAUCACACCGGAGCUGGAAUAUCCAAUUGUCUGCACGGGCGUGCGAAAGGCACUCAACGGCUGCCUGAAGCUCGAGCUGAUCAAUAUGAAUAGUGAGACCGCGCUUUUACCACAUGUGGACCGCAUACUAAUACUUCAUUACAUUUCUUCCUUAGGCGCCAGCUGGUUCCAUUCAGACGAUAUGGACUUUGAUGCCACGGCCACAAUGGUGCCACGAAGAGAUCUGUUGAAAGUUGUGAAGGUGCAUCAGGUCGAAAAGGAUGCGAUACUGGUCUGCUAUGGCAACAUCAUACAAGUCGUCACGCUACAGGGUAAUCCAAAGCAACACAAGAAAUUGGUCUCGCAACUCAAUUUCGAUUUCAAUGUGGACAGCAUAGUUUGUCUACCCGAUAGCGUAUUAGCAUUCCACAAGCACGGCAUGCAGGGCAAGUCGUUGCGAAACGGCGAAAUUACGCAAGAAAUCAAGGACAUGAGUCGUACAUAUCGACUGCUCGGCUGUGAUAAAGUCGUCGCUUUGGAGAGUCAAUUGCUGCGCACCGGUUCGCUGGGCAGCGAGGAGGGACAUGAUCUUUACAUUCUAGCCGGCCAUGAGGCCAGUUAUUAAUUAACUAUAUAAUUACAAAAAUUAUAGUGUUAAAUGCAAUUAACUACAUAUGUGAAGCAAGUGAAACAAAAUAUUAUGUUUACUACAAAAAAAACCGAAGCAAAAAUGCAAAGGGAAAACUGAACAAACUGACUUAUGACGUAUGCAUACAUAAGCGAGUAUAAAUUUAAAUAAAAUGAGCAUGUGAAAUUAAGUGAAAUGAAUGUCGGAAAAAUGAAAAAAAAAUCUUACUAAACUUUUGGUAUAAAAUUAAAAUUAAUUUUAAGCAUUUUUCUAGCGUCCGUUUUUCUUUUUUUUUUUUUUGUAAAUUUGCACAUAAAAACAAACAAAAAGUGAGUGUGAAAGCGCGACAAAACCAGCGAAUGUUGCGCUGCGCCAAUGCCAAAGCGUUUUGAGAUUAAAUGCAGAUUAUCUGCGUUUUUUAUAGUGUGUACAGAUCAUGCAGCGCCAAGUCAAAAUAGAGCCAUUAUAAACAAAGUUGUAUAUAAGCCGGAUUUCAUUAAUUGUUUUGUGAAUGAUUGCGCAAUGCGCAUGAAAUACUGAAAAUAUUAUUUGUAUAUACAAGCUAUUAUCGCUUAUGUAAUUUCGUUAUUUUUAAAUUGCAAAAUGAUUUUAAGUUAGUGGCUGCAAUACAUGUAACUUUCUUAGAUUUUACUAGACCUAAACACGUUUGCAUAUAUGGAACUACUUUAAGUGAAUAUUUUAUAGAUUUUCACGGUAUUUGCAUACAAGGUAUUAGAAACGAAAUGGCAGAGCGCUGAAUAAACAGCAAAGUGAUUGAUUGAUUGUUAUGAAAUACAUGCUUGAAAGUUGAAACAUAAAACACUGCGAAAAAUUAGGUUAAUCAAGUAAAUUAUAAAGCAUCUGACAUUGCUUGCAAUUUUUAGUAUAAAAAAAUAAAAUAAUAAAUAUAAAAAACAACUGAGAACUAUGUAUAUUUACAAACACAGCACAUAAACAAUUUGAAAUCAACACAACAAAAAGGACUACUGAAUGCAAUUGCAAUAAAGAGUAUUUUAGCAAGGGCUGUGCGAGCAGUCGUAUGAAACAUUUUAGAUCCGCAGUAAAUUUAGCUUUCACCUUACGCUCCUCCAGUUGAUUUGAAACUUUGCAAUGUUUGCAACAAAUAUGCGCACAGCCCCACUUCUACGAGCACGCUAGCUAAUAAAACUGGAAAUUUGAAAAUAACUGACUUAAACCGUAAGAGGAUAUAUAUAAAAUCGGAUAUGUUGUUUGAUAAACUAGAGCAUUGAAUUUUAGAUUACUUUAAGUAGCAUGAUAAAUGUGAGUGUUAAGCGUAAGAAAGUAUAUUUUUAAUAUAUAUUUGGGCAUACACACACACACAGCUCUGUGGACACACAACCCAAAACAGUGCGAAACGCUAAUAACGCCACUGCAGAUCUAAGUCAUUGAGAAAAUGUAAAAAAUGAAUAUGCAGCGCGGCGAAUUCCUAAACUUUUAAGUUUUUGUGAAGUUUUGUUAAUUAUCAUUUAAUUAAUAAUAAUUUAAUUAAUGUUCUUCUUGAUUAUGUGCAACUUCCGCCAUUUAGUCGCUUAGCGGAAAAUAUACACACGUUCACCGUUGACACUAAUUCAAACAUACCAAACUCCCAUUCAUACAACAACACAAAAAAGUUAAUUGCGAACAGCUUUACACAAUGUAAAUGCAUUAAAAAGCUAUUUAAAGAAAAAAUAGAAAGAAUUCAUACAUACAUACACAUGCAUUUAAACUGUCUAAGAACGAAAGAAGUCAACAAAAACUCACAAAUUAUUAAUAAAUGUAAAUGUAUACCAUAUAUUUAAUUGGACCAUUAUACUAUACAAAGAAGACUUGUAAAAGCUAUUCCAGGGUCUCCACAGAGAUUCCAGCGCGUGUGUAGUAACAGCAUUCACGCUUCAAAGCGGUUCGAGAACUGCAUACGAAGCAAACAAACGCCGAUUUAAGUGAUACAAUUGUAAAUUUUUAAUUACUCUAAUUUGUUGCAUAAGCGACCCUUUAAGCUACAAACAAAUAAUUGCCGUUGUGGCAAGCGAUAGAAUUAUUAAAUAUUAACUAUUGUAUUUAACUUAUGUUUUAUUUUAAUUAAGACAAGUGAAGAUAUAAUAAAUUAGCUUCUAGUGCGCUAUUGAAAUGUUAGAAUUUAACUUUAAGGAAAAAUAUAUACAUACAUAUAUGCGUAUGUGUGUAGAAAAGUGGCGGAAAAUCAAAUCAAAGUGCGAUGUUAGACAUAGAGAGAGAGAGUAGAGAUUUAAUUCGGAAAUUUGUACGCGAAGAAAGCUUUUUUGGAAGUUAAGUUACGUAACGUAACGUUUGUAUGUAAGUAAGCAGCGUAGCCUCUAAGGGUGUGUACGAGUUUGUGUGUUUAAGGGACAUAACGAUUUCUAUUGAGUAUUAGGCAUUAAAUAAAGAAACAAUUCGAAUGCAAAACAAAAACACUAUAGUUCGUUGAAAAUAAAUAAAGUACUAAAUAUAUAUGUAUAUGUAUGAACAAAACAUAAAAGCAAAAAAACUUUCUUAGUCGAAAUUUGAAGCAUUACAAUGCAAAACUAAUGGGGCAAUGAAUUGUUGCGCAGCACGAGAUUGAAAUACAGAUUAAUAAAUUGCAAUUAAAAAGAGAAAACAAA